GUAUUAAACUACAAAAUAAUACACGGUGCAGCGCAGUCGCAAAGCGUUUGACUGGGGUCGAAAAAGCGCAUCCCGAGUAUUUCGAGGAUCCCUGCAUUUGUCGACGGAAACGUGAGGAGAAACAUCUAAACCUGGAAGGAAGGGCAAUUUCAACAUGGCAGAGCGGGUAAAUAACUUUCCUCCCUUGCCAAAGUUCUUAAGACUAAAGCCAUGCUUUUACCAAAACAUCGAUGAAGAAAUCCCUGCACCUCACACGCAGCUGGUGCAGAGAGUUUACAAGCUUUGGAUGAUGUAUUCGGCCACACUGUGCAUAAAUGUCAUUUCAUGCAUUGCUUGGUGGGCUGGAGGGGGAAGUGCCGCAAACUUUGGUUUUUCUCUGCUCUGGCUCCUUCUCUUCAGCCCCUGCAGUUACACAUGUUGGUUCAGACCGCUCUACAAAGCUUUCAGGGCUGAUAGCUCCUUCAACUUCAUGGCCUUCUUCUUCAUCUUUUUCCUUCAGUGUGUCUUGACCGUUAUCCAAGCUAUAGGCAUCUCUGGAUGGGGAACAUGCGGCUGGAUUGCCACAGUGAUGUUUUUCAGCGAGAAUGUGGGCUCCGCUAUAGUGAUGCUUAUCACAACGCUGCUCUUCACUGUGGUGGCCGCACUAAUGGCACUGGUUCUCAUUAAGGUGCACAGGAUGUACCGCGGCGGCGGCGGCAGCAUGCAGCGCGCUCAGGAGGAGUGGAGCACCGGGCUGUGGAAGAGCGCCCCGGUGAGGAACGCAGCGUUUGACGCCGUCGCUCAGUCGGCCCAGGGCCCGACUUUGCCUCAGUACCCCACCGCGGUGCCCAGUUACCCUGACAACAGCCACUGGUGAUGGCUGAGGUUCGCCACUAGGGGGAGACAGAUGGUCGGUCAUUUCCACAAUGCUGACAAAAGCACUUCAAAACAAAUCAGCAUGUCACUCUCAACGUAUAGAUUAGACAGUUAUUUUAAAUUUAAGUAAAAUAAUAGCUAUGAAGGUCUUUUUUUUUUUUUUUUUAGUUUUUUUUCCAUCAGCCUGAAACUGUUUUUAUGGUUGCCUUCAAAAUGUGCCAUUCUGUUUCUACUUUGUUUACAAAAAGUUAAUAAGAAGAAAAAAAACAAAUAUAGUCUUAGACUUAAAUUAAAUAUUUGCUUUUGAAGGUUUAAUGGAUUGCAGACAUGCAGAAACAAAAUGAGUGAUCACUUUAAAGCAAAGUGAAGAAAGUGUGCCUUAUGGAUCUGUGUAAUGUUAGGAUUUUUACAAAGCUGCAUGCUACAUAACGUAGCAUGGGUGAUUGUGGGUUUUUUUUCCAUUAUUUUAUAAGUUUGGUUUGUUAGAGAUGCUUCCAUGCUUGCCUCACUGUAGCAGAUUUUGCAUGUUUAAAAGUCUCCCGCUUGACUUGCGCCUGCCUUAACAAAAGCUGUGUUUCUAAUCUUAUGCUUCAGUGAAGCAGGUUUUCUGUUUGAUUUCUUACUGAACACUGAUAUGCCAAAACACUUAACUCCUCCUCUUUCACUAAUUGAAAAGUCACACCCUAAGCAGCCAGGGCAGCUGAGUUUUGUUUGCUUUCAGUGGAUAAAAGCAUCUUUAUCUCCUGCUGCCAUCGUUGUCGUUUCUUUCACUUUCCACCAGAUACAGAUUUUGUGUUUAAUCACAACAGGCUUGCAUGUGGCCACUAAAACAUUCAUCUGAAAUGAGCUCGUACCUUGCUUGAAAUAUCCAGACUGAUUGAAACCUGCAUGGAUCAAUGGAUUAACUGCAGGCUAAUUCUGAGUUGGGCUCGACUUUUGUCCUUCCAACAUGUUUUUUAUGUAUGGAAUUAAAAUCUAAUCUUGCGCCUGUCAAAGCCUGCCUGAAGUCCACAUCUCAACUAAGAGGAAAAAGACAGUGCCUUCAUUGUAGAUUGUGACAUUUUAUUUACUUUUCAUUGUUAUUAAAGUGUCCUUCGAGGACAACUGCCAGGUGUAAUGUCUUAAAUCUUCAUUAUUAGGUUUCAGAAAAUAAAGCGGACGUGUGAAGGUAUUCCAUACAUGUCGCGACAUUUCAAUAAAUUACUUUAUUCACA